AUGUUUAUCCAAAUUGCGCAACUAGCUCAAGUAUUCGCAGCUUACAGCAUGUUAGUGCUGGUAUUUUCAAUUGGCUCUUUACUUAAGUCUUUCCCAUCCUUCCGGAAAAGCAUCAUUAGAGCCUUCGAAAUGAUUACUAAAGUAAAGUUACCGGUCACUUCAUAUUGGGACUCUUUGUUCUCCGAUCAAAUGUUCCAGAACGUGUGGCAUAGCGUGGCUUUGGAUAUGAACAAGAAGACCAAGCAAGGAGGCGACGCUCCAAACAGUCCAGUAGUGACAUCGUCCGGAAAAUAUUGUUUUCCAUUAUUGGAGGUGGCCAAAGCUGGACGUCCCCUUGUUUUGAACUUUGGCAGUUGUACCUGUCCUAUAUUUAUGAGCCAGUUGAACGACUUUCAAGAAAUGGUUGACCAAUUCAAGCACAUCGCUGAUUUUUGUGUUGUUUACAUUGAGGAGGCUCACCCUUCGGAUGGAUGGGCUUUAAAGAAAAACUACAACAUCAGAACACACAGAACGCAAGCCGAAAGAUGUAAAGCUGCCCGUGAAUUGACGCGAAAAAUUCCAGAAUGUCCAGUGGUGGUAGAUACUAUGCUUGACGCGGCAAAUAUUGCUUAUGGCGCUCUUCCAAUCCGGUUUCACGUCAUUCAGGACAGAAAGGUUCUUUAUGAAGGUGGACCUGGACCAAUGGGUUACAAAAUAAGUGAAGUAAAGACUUGGCUGGAAAAUUAUCUAGCCGAGAAGUGA